CUCUUUCGUCCAGCCCGCCUCUUCUUGGCAACGAGGAAGGUGGGGCGGAGGGAACAGCUCGUUUAUCUGCUUUAGGAACGGAAGCGACCGAAGCGGCCGCUGUUUUUCUCCGCCCUGCGGCCCUCUCGCCUUGUUUUUGUCCUGGUUCCCCUCAAAACAGCAGCAGUCCCUUUCCUGGAGAGGGGAGAGAUGGGGGUCGCGCGGCCCUUUGCCGCCUUGGCGCUCUUGGCUUUGGCCUGCUGCGGUAGGCCUGGCACGGAGGAACCGCAGAUUGAAGUGCUUCUACCAACUAAUGUUGAAAUAAAAACAUAUAAUUUCAAGACCUCCUUACAUUGGGAUUACCAAAACAUGUCAUCAGAACCUCUGUUUACAGUACAAAUCCUAUGCUAUGGUAGCACUUAUACAGAAGUAAGUUCUUGUGUAAAUAUAUCACAACAUUACUGUGACCUCUCCCAGAAGAUCAAUAAGAAAUGCCAUCAAUUAUGGGCAAGAGUUAAAGUUCUCGUUGGAUCACAUGAAUCUGAAUAUAAAAAGAGUAACGCAUUUCGCCCUUUCAGGGAUGCCCGAAUUGGACCACCAAAGUUUAACCUCUCUGUUGUGGAUGAUGAAAUUAUAGUUGUUAUUGAGCAUCCUCUCACGCCUUAUCAUGAGAGGUACCCACUUAGUGUGAAGGAAAACCUCACUGAUUUCUCCUAUAAAGUAUUCCUCUGGAAUCAGGCAAGCCCACAAAAGGAUGAUCCAAUUGAACCAGAAGAAUGUGAUAUGUAUGGGUGUGUUGCGUAUCUUCAGGCUCCUUUGGGGUUCACAUACUGUGUUUCAGUUCAAGGAAUAUCAGAAGCCUAUUCGCUGUCUGGUGAAGAAUCAAAAGCAAGCUGUAUUAGUCUGUCUUCCAGAUAUCCAUUAGGUAUAAUAGGAGCUGUCAUAGGAGGAGUUGUUUUUUUUGUUGCUGCUCUUGUGAUUCUUGCAAUAUUGUUGGUACGUGUAUGGGCUAGGCAAAGAAACAUUCCACUGCCCAAAUCUCUGGUUUCUAUAGUAAGAAACAUAAAACCUGUCAACAGCUUUGAGACAAAAACAGAUGGGAAAUAUGCUACUAUAUCAUCUUUAAGCUAUAAACCAGUGUGUGAAGAUGGAAAAUCAAUGGAACCAAUAGAUCACUUAACAGAAGCUGAGACCAGUGACCUUGAGAACUCAGGCAAGAUUGUUAUUGAAUCUCAGACUAUCCAGGAAGCCAGAGCUGAAGAAAGCUGUGAGAGUGAACAAAUCCAUGAAGCUAGUGACACAUACUUUAAAUCUACCAGUGGCCAAGAAGAAAUGUGUAAUAGUCUUCCAAAUGGGGAUGUUCCCAAAGUAGAUGUACAUCAACCCACAGACUUAGAAGCAUGUAGAAAGUUGUCUGGAUAUGACAAACCUCACUGGAUACGAUCUGAAUCACCAGUUGCAUAGAUGCCCACUGAUGAGUUAGAAGUCACAGGGAAAAGUGUAUCAAGCUGAAGGACUGAGAAACAGUUUGCAAAACUGAAGAUGAACAGAAUUACCCUCCACUGUACCAGCAGAUAACAUAGUCCUCUAUCUGCUGGUGGCUAGAGAUCCAAGGACUAUACCAGCAGUGGCCAAGCAUCUCUCUACCAUAUUUUCCUUAAAGAAAUAAAGACUUCUUAUCAACUGCUCAAGAUCUGUGGAUCAAAGGAGCUUGAAAGAAUGAAAGGAAUACACUCCUUUUCUCUUUAUUACAUGUGCAUUGUAGUAGGAAUAACUUGAACUAUAUAAUAGAGGUCAGAAAUUACUCAAUAUUGGUUCAUUUUAGAAAUGCAUUAUGAUCCUGGAGGCAUAGCUAAUUUUCCUGAUUUUGUAUAAUUAACAUUACAACCUACAGAUCCUGGACACAUUGCACUUUUUCACCAAUUUUGUUUUGACAUUAUUGCCCUCAAAUGUUAAACAGAGUGUUACUCCCAACAAACAUUUAUUUCAGUUUUGCGAAUUAAGAUAUAAAAUAGUGGCUCUUCAUUUCUUGUUUUCAUUUAAUAUUUUUCUGGUUGAGUUCUCAAAAUUCUCUGUAGCCACUACACUAAAAUCUUUGAUUUAAAAUUUAAUACAAAGCUAACAUGUUCUCUUUGUUUUUUCAUCCAUUUUACUGAAAAAUGAACUUUGAAAAGUCCAUUGUCAGGACCCAGAAAUGCAACCCAAAUUAGCUAGCAGGCAUAAAGGAGCUGUGAGAAUCAUUGGCAUUAAUUUUAACCUAAUAGGCACAUGAUAUGUAUUUUCUACCUAGGAUGUCUUUUUGUUAAAUCUUCUGUAUAUUCCCUUCCCUCAGUUCUGCCAUUUAAAUAUAUGUGUCAAGCUAGUGUUGGUUAAUUUUUUUUAAUUGACAUUGGUAUGUAUUGGAAGCUAGGUUUCAAAACAGAUUUCUAGCAACUCAAAAGCCAUGGAGUUUUUUUACCUUCUUAGAUGUGCUAUACCGUCACAGAGCAGAUACUGAAGACAGAGUAAAUGUUCUAAAAUGUUGACUUGUGUUUAAAGAUCAUCAGUUUCCACAAUACCUGCUCUCUUAUAACUAGGAAUGGGCACAGACCUGAACCUGAGCCAAACUUUGGGCUUAACUUUGCCAGGUUCAUGAAGCCCGAACACUCACUGAGCUUCUGCUCAGUUCAGAGGUUUAGCUUCCCGUGUGCACUCUCCACUUUCUGGUGGUGCCAGGCACUAUUCCUGGUGCAACUUGCAUCACCCAGAAGUGAUGUGAGCACAUUGGGGUCAGCACCCAGUGCCACCCAGAAAUGACAUGAGCGUGUUGGGGGUGCAAGAUGCUUGAAUCACUUCCAGGGAUCUGAACUGGUUCAGUUUGGGCAGCUUUUGUGCUCAGGGGUUUAGUUCAGGGCCGCCCGGUUAACAAACCACAAACCGAACCAAGUUUUCCUGGCUUACUUACAGCUAUAAAUCUUGGGCAUGAUUCAGCCCAAAUGAAAAUCGUUUUAAGUCUUCCUUAGUUCAAAGGGAAGGGCUAAGAGCUUGUUUGUCCCUCCUAUCUAAAAUCAGUGGGACUCAGAAGUGCUUGUCUUUGGUUGAUCAUGCCUUCAGUUUUCAUAGCCAUAUAUUUUGGGGGAUAUCUUGUAGCUAUAUUGUAUAUUGCUUGUACAUUUUUUACUGAAAUUUUGAUGCUUUCAAGUUUGUGAGAACUUUGUUUAUAAUAAUGUAAAGUUCCCUUUUUUCUGCAUGUGACCUAAUAUAACUGCAUGAAACCAACACUGAUUCUUUGUAGGGGGCAAACAGGUAUAAAAAUCACUGUUGGUCAUGGGAGUGUUUUACAUAUAAAAAUUUGAACAAUUAAAGCAUUAUAAAAUGUGAAUUCAACAAAA